AUGCCCUGGGAAGUGGCUUGGAUGGGAGUUACAAGUGCCACUUAUGAGCUGCUCCAGUGCGGCUCCUUCAGCACCGAGCAAUGUGGUUGGGCAGCCGAGACCUUCUCGGACAUGCAGUGCAAGAUCACCCGACUGCAGUGCAAGAACAAGGCCGAUUGCAACACAGCAGGGCGCUGCGAGUACGAAGCAGAUGAUUGGCAGAUCGAAGAGAACGGGGGCCUUUGCGUCACCCCGACCAGCUUCAGUGGCGAUUCGCCCUACCAACCCGAUCGAGAUUUAUGGAACGACUGCUCACAGUUGGGUGGUGAGAUGCGGUCCUACGGAUGUUGGAUGAGGGACAUCUCCACCAAGGAUGCCUGUCAGCAGGCGAGUGCCAAGUGGUUCAAUUGGGCACCCAGCAAGUCCAAGUGCGAGGUCCCAGGCUAUGCCUGGAAGAAAGGCGACGUCGCACGGGGUCACAUGGCAGCUCUGAGCAGGGCUGGAACGCCGGGCCCGAGCGAUUGUUCAAAGAGCCCUACAGCGGAAGCUGACGGCAAUGCUGGACACCAAUCCUGCGAGGAAGAACGCAGCAGUGCAGGGCAAAUUCAGCAGGUGUUGGCGAAGAACAAGAAACUCAGUUGGCUGGAAGGCUGGAAGGCGAGGCUUGGCAGAUGCUCCAAGCAGCAGACAAGGCUGACGCGCUCAUUCAAACCGGAGUUGAAAGGACGCGGCGACUCUCCCUCCAGCCCCAAGCGGUAA